AACUUUGACAGCAUUCAGUUCAGUGUAACACUGCGAAUACAUCUACUUGAAUAAAUCUGUAAUGUUAAGUUUGUAAAUAUGACCAUUUUGAAAGUGUUGGGUGUUCUACUUGGAGUUAGUUCGGCGAUCGGCUUACCAACUUACUGUAGUCACGAUACAGCAUUAACAUCCUUCAAGAGACCGACCUAUGAUUUUUCUGUUCGAAUUUUGGACAGAGUCUCACAACAGACUUGGGGGCAUUUUGUUUUCUCUCCAAUUUCUACCUGGCUGCAACUCCUAACGUUGGCUGAAGGUGCUCGUGGCCCGACCGAGCGCGAAAUCUGGAGAGUAACUAGAUAUCACAAAAUGAAAUGCUUCAGAAGAAAAUAUAGGGAACUAUUGAACUCGAUGGAUAAAGAACUGAAUGAUAUGACUCGCAGAACAAGCACUAUUGUACUUAAUAGUCUUUUGGACGUAAAGAAAGGAUUUACCGAUGCAAUUAUGAAAGAUAAAGAUACAAAAGUAUUAUCUAUUAACUUCAACGAACCUGAAGAAGCAGUCAAUAAAGUUAACGGGUGGAUUGAUGAACAAAUGAAUGGUGUCAUUGAUGAGGGUGUCUAUGUCGAUGAUUUUAACUUCACAGUAUUAUUGAUGGUCGAUACGGCAUAUUUUAAAAGUGAUUGGUUAUAUCCUUUUAACCAGGCUUAUACUACUAGCGAGUAUUUUUAUGAUAACAAUGUUGAAAUUGGUAAAGUGAAUUUAAUGACACAAGACGGUUACUUCAACGUAACUAAUGUUCCUGCAUUAAACGCUAGUGUUCUAGAACUACCGUUUAAAUCGCAGAGGGUUUCAAUGCUCGUUGUUUUGCCAAAUAAAGGACAGAAUGUUAAGGAUAUCUUUUACUCUUUCAAGGAUAUCAGACUUAUGACAAUAUUCAGUUUAUUCAACAAGGAAGGACCAAAAUUAGUAACUGUAAGGUUGCCUAGAUUUAAGGUAAAUACGCAAGUGAAUAAUUUAGUAGAACUGAUUCAUGAUAUGGGAGUGAAAAAAGUUUUUUAUCCGGACUUAGCAGAUCUCAGUGGCAUAAGUGAUUACAGACUCUAUGCAUCAUUAAUGACGCAAGUUGCCGAUAUUGAGAUUAAUGAGAAGGGGGCGAGAGCGAACUCGUCUGCAGAUUUUUUGAUUCAGACUCGCGGUGGUAUUACAGAAUUUAAUGCUAAUCGUCCAUUCGCCUAUUUGAUAGUCGAUAAGGUUACGGAAAUUAUUUUAUUCGCUGGAAUCUAUAGUGAUCCUAAUGGGGUGUGAAAUAGAAAGAAAUAAUCCAUUGUACUUUUUAUUAAUAUCGUAAUUAUACAUAUAAUGUAACAGAUAUACUUAUCAAAUAUAAUUGUUAUGACUAGUAUCACAAUAUAUCUUCUCACGGUUACAUGUGUUAUGUAUAUUAUAUUAUUUGUAGGAUAUAAGGCUCACAAUAUAUUUGAAUACAUUAACACGAUAAGUAUGAUAGAAAAUAUUUUUUUUGUAUUAAUAUUGUUUUAUUUUUUGUUUACGAAUCUCAUAUCAUUAGGUACUUACAACUAAAUAACAAAACUAAAUAUAGCAAAACAAAUUCCAUUCUAGUGUUAGAAAUAUUAUACAGGCUGAAUAUUUUAAAUUAUUUAUCGACGUCAAAUACUUUUUCGUUUUCUCACACCUGAGAAGAACGGGCUCAAUAAACUCAGUGGGCUUCUUGUUUUUGAAAAAAUAUCGUUAAAAUAAAUUUAUAAUGCAAGUAUUCUGAGUGUGAUCAAUCUAUUUUCCAAUGGUUGGUAAAUUUUGACGUACAAUAAGUAAUUUAGGUUUAAUAUGUAUGCUAUAAUGGCAGCUCCGUAAAUAUGCACCGUUAGUUUUCCUUUAAAAAAAGUUGGGCAAUGAAGAAUUGUAUUUUUUUACUGGAAAAUUACAACGAUAUUACAUUAAAACUUAUAAUAAUAUAAUACUUAUUAAUAAAAGUGUAUCAACUUAGCAAAUAUACCGGUGGCGGGGAGUUAGUGGCAAUGCCGGGCUAAACGAUUUAUGAAAAAAUAAUGUUUUGACGAUAAUUUGCCAAUGACUUGUUAUUUAAGUGAGAUAUUUAUUCCUGACGCGAGUUUUUAGCUCCUUUUUAAGAAUAUUGUAAUAAUAUCUGAGGCGUCUAAGGAGUCUAAGAAGUGUGGUGAUGACGCAAAAUCCAGUUAUGAUUGAAAAUCCCCCUAAUGUAAGUUAUGGCAUAGUGAAAGUUAACACAGAGAAUAAGUACCGAAACGAAAAAAAAACCAUUGUAAAUGUAUCACAUAUUAAUAAAUACAAUUAUUCAA